AUGGUUGCGGAAUCGUGGUUUCGCAGUCUUUGGAAGACUAAAAGGAAGCAUGAGGGGCCUGAGAAAGCAGUGGUUGGAGUUUUGGCCUUUGAAGUUGCAAGCUUGAUGUCUAAGCUGGUCCAUCUAUGGCAAUUUCUGAGUGAUAAACAGGUUACUAAGCUAAGAGAAGAAAUCACAAAUUCAGUGGGUAUAAAAAAGCUUGUGUCAGAUGAUGAUGACUUCAUUGUAGGGUUGAUAUGUGCCGAAUUGAUUGAGAAUAUGGUCCGCGUAGCAAAAUCUGUGGCCAGGCUUGCCAAAAAUUGUACUGAUCCUACAUUGAAGAGUUUUGAGAAUGCUUUUACUGAGUGGAUCAAUAAUGGUAUUGACCCUUAUGGAUGGGAAUUUUCAUGGAAGAAGAUGGAAAGGAAAGCUAAGAAGAUGGAGAAGUUCAUUUCAGCAAAUGCAAAUUUGUAUGAAGAGAUGGAAGUGCUUACCGAGCUUGAACAAAAUUUGAGGAGAAUGAAGGGAAGUGAUGACUUAGAUGGUGUGAAUUUGGUUGAGUUUCAGAAGAAGGUAGUUUGGAAGCAGCAGGAGGUGAAGAAUUUGAAAGAGGUCUCUUUGUGGAACAGGACUUAUGAUUACAUAGUCCUCCUUUUGGCAAGAUCUCUCUUCACAAUGUUCAGUAGGAUCAAUCAUGUCUUUGGAAUUCAACAGAUGGUAGAUGCUGGUGAUACCAAAGAUUCCGGAAUUAUUAAUUCUGAUCACAUUAAUCGUAGCAAUUCAGUUUCUGCACUAAUGCAAUCUUCAGUCCGUCCACCUAAGAAUGGUCUUCCAAGAUUUGCUUCAGGCCCCCUUGGGAGGUUUAGUGCUAUAUCAGGGCCAAUAUCGGAAACAAAUAAAACCAACAUUUGCUAUUCAGGUCCUCUUGGUGACUCAAUUACAAAAUCAGGCCCUAUUUCGGGAAAGAAUAGAGAUGUCAACUUUUUUUCAGGCCCUCUUGGGAGGUCAACAACGAAGUCAGGCGCAAUUGCUGCAACGAAUAGAACCAUCAGGAAGUUGUGGAAUCACUCACACACUAAUCAUGGGAAGAAAUCACACACAAAGUCCAAUAGGUUGACUCAAGUUGGACCUUUCAAAGGAUGCAUGAUAACUGCAAACAAUUCACCUGUCACCAAUUGCUACUUGGGUUCAAAUGAUGUUCGUUCAGCAAUUCUCAAUGUAGCCAGAGAUGCCAAUGCAGACGUUCUAGCUUUUGGCAACAAAAGUCAUCCUAGUUCAUCAAUCUUCAGUUCCAAGCACAGGCUGUUGGAUGCCCCACCUGAAACUCUUGGUGCUGCUGCCUUAGCACUGCACUAUGCAAACGUUAUCAUCGUAAUUGAGAAGUUAGUUGCAUCUCCUCACUUGAUUGGUCUUGAUGCGAGAGAUGACCUGUACAAUAUGCUGCCUGCAAGUGUGAGAGCUACAUUAAGGGCCAGACUAAAGCCGUACAGUAAGAGCUUGACUUCAUCAGUUUAUGAUACAGUUCUUGCUGGAGAGUGGAAUGAGGCAAUGACAGGAAUAUUAGAGUGGCUGGCACCUCUUGCUCAUAAUAUGAUAAGAUGGCAAUCCGAGAGGAGUUUUGAACAGCAAAGCUUGGUUUCCAGGACACAUGUGCUUUUGGUACAAACCCUUUACUUUGCAAAUCAACAAAAGACAGAAGCAACAAUAACAGAGCUGCUUGUUGGGUUGAAUUAUGUCUGGAGAUUUGGCAGAGAAGUCAAUGCAAAAGCUCUAUUAGAGAGUGGUAGCAGUAGAAUCUAUGAUGAAUUUUUGGAUCUGGAUGGGUAG